AUUACUAUGAUCAGUACAGAAGUAAUCCUAUAACUAGAUACUAGUGGAGUCUAGAUUUUCCAUAUAUAGGGUUUCAGAUCGAAAUACUCAUCAUGAUAUAAAAUCAACUGGAAUUAAUUGUAGAGAGAGAGAGGGAGAGGGAGAGAGAUGAAGUUGAAUUGCAAAUGGUUUACAGAAAAGCACCACCACUUGGUAGUGAAGUUGGCCAUUUCGGUCCUCUUUCUGGGUCUAGCUUUUCGGUUUCUCUUCUCCCAAUCCACUGGAUUUUCGAACGUUUCAGAGGCUCCGUUCAUCGAGCAAAAACCCAACCCACAACCAGUUUCUGUCGAUUUUCAAGAAAAUGGAAACCAGAUACUUGAAAAUGGAACCCAAUAUCAAGAAAAUGGAACCGAAGUUCCAGUGAAUCGAAACCCAAAUACUUCUGCUGAUUUGCAAGAGAAUAGGGAUCAUAGUGAUAAUGCUACUCAAGUUUCAUUGGAACCCAAAUCAUCUGGUUCUGAUGAUGUUCAAGAAACCAGAGAUCAGAUUCUCGGAAAAGAGAAAUGUGAUCUUUUUACUGGUGAUUGGAUCCCAUACGCAUCAGGUCCGGCUUACAAUAAUGAGAGUUGCAGCUGGAUGGAAAGUCGUCAGAAUUGUAUGAAGAAUGGGCGGCCAGAUACUGGGUAUCUCUUUUGGAGGUGGAAUCCACGCAAUUGUGAGCUGCCACCAUUUGAUGCAGGACUAUUUCUUGAGUUGAUGAGGAACAAAACUUGGGGAUUUAUCGGCGAUUCAAUUACUCGGAAUCAUGUCCAGUCGUUGCUCUGCAUUCUCUCAAAGGUGGAACAAGUUGUUGAAGUUUACCAUGACGAGGAAUACAAAUCCAAAAGAUGGCUUUUCCCCUCAUACAACUUCACCAUAUCAUUAGUUUGGUCCCCUUUCCUUGCCAAAGCUGCCAUUUUUGAAGAUGACAAUGGCAUUUCCUCAGCUCCUGUUGAGCUUUACCUGGACAAACUUGAUCCAGCAUGGACCAAUCAGUAUCAAGACUUGGACUACAUGAUCUUUUCCAGUGGUGAAUGGUUCCUCAAAACUGCAAACUACUAUAUCAACGACACAAUAUAUGGAUGUCACAACUGUCCUAACAAAAACCAAACAGAGCUAGGGUUCAAUUUCGCACACCGAAAAGUCCUUCAGCAUUUAUUCAGUUUCAUUGUUUCGUCGAAUCACAAGGGCACGAUUUUCUAUAGGGCAACUGCACCGGAUCAUUUUGAGAAUGGGGACUGGUUUAAUGGUGGUAGUUGCCAAAGAACAGAACCUGCCAAGGAAGGCGAGUUUAAUAUACCUGAUUUGAACAAAUACCUUCGCGAAGUUGAAUUGGAGGAAUUUGAGAAGGCGGCAGUUAAGGCUUCUGAAAAGGGUAUGAAACUUAAACUUCUUGAUGUAAUGCAGCUUUCGUUACUGAGGCCUGAUGGGCACCCAGGUUUGUAUCGAUACUUUCACCCGCUCCAAACGGACAGUAGUACCAAGAUUAUAUACGACUGCUUGCAUUGGUGUUUGCCUGGGCCAAUUGACUCAUGGAAUGAUUUGCUUAUGGAGAUGGUCAAAAAUGGUUGAGAAAUUUCAUACCCGCAUUGUUUCAUUGGGAAGGGAGCAGAAUUGGUGGGUUACUGAUCUAGACUGUGAGUAUGAUCAAGCAAAUUAGUUUACUGUCAAACCACUUGUUCAUUUUGGGAUCAAGUUGUUUGCAUACACAAUGGUGAGAAGUUGGAGGAAUUGCAUUCGACUGCAACUCGGUUUUCAUACUCGGUAAAUUUGAGUAAAAUGAUGAGAUUCCACUGUAACCUUCAAUUGGAUUAGAAACUUGAGAGCUUGAUGAUAAUGUGGAGAUGGCGAGGAACAAUUUAUGAUCUUGCGAUAAUAUCCAUGGAUGAGGUUUUGAUGAUGUAACUGUGUUUACUGUUUAGGACUUCGAAAAGCUUCGUUAUUUUUUCUUCGAACA